AAAGGGGCGAGAGAGGGUUUGGGAGGGGGGGCUUUGACAUUGUAGGUGGUGGAUGAUGGCCGUCUUCAUGGUAAACAUCUGUAAAUUCGAUGGUUGCGGAAUUAUUUUUCAAGGGUUGGGAGAUCUCAUUCAGCACAUAGAAGAAUCACACAUUGAUGAUGAUCCAAUUGUCAUAGAGAGGCAGGAAGAGCAGCAUCCAGUCAGUCUCCCAUUGAGUUAUGUGCUGCGCUUUUUCACUGAUGCUGCUCGCAAGGAAUUCCCAGAUGUCAAGCCAAAAAUUAAAUCAGUCGCACAAACAACCCCAAACCCUAGUCAGGGCCAAAGAGUAGCACAUCCACCUCUGAACAAACCACUUUCCACCACCGCAGUGCAACGGAACUUUUCACCUGCAGGGAGUGAUGCUGAAGAAGAUGAGGUGUUGACGGAUUCAGACAGCAAUGAUUCAUGGACAACGUCUGAAGAGUUCAGCUCAGAAUAUAUUCUUCGAUAUGGCAGCAGGUGCAUCACCUCAAGUCCCACAAAUCCUAACCAAAUGCCAGAGAAGCCCUUUGCUUGCCCAGUACCUGGAUGCAAGAAAAGGUAUAAGAAUGUAAAUGGUAUCAAGUACCACUCCAAGAACGGACACAAAAAUGAUGGAAAAAUUCGCAAGGCAUUCAAGUGUCAUUGUGGGAAAAGCUACAAAACUACUCAAGGACUGAAAAUGCACACAGCCUCACAUCAUACUGGGACCAACCUCACAACAAUCACUACUCAAAUGGGAGAAAUAUUGCAGAUUCCCAGCAGGGAAGUUGCUGCUGCAUUGAGCCCUUUGAGAACUGUAACUCUGAAACCUCUUGUAGCUACUUCUACUUCUGGGCUUAGUGCUCUUAGUGGUGCGCUAGGACUGCCAGUGAAAACUCUACAGAGUGUUGUUUUGUCUGCAAAAUCUGCCCAGCAUACAGCACAGCUGAAAGGAACUGUGAUUGAUACCAAUGGUUUUAACUUAGCUGCAGCCCUAGCAACAAAAAAGGUUUCUGCAACAGCUGUCAGCCAGGCGAUAAGCAGACAUCAGUCUGCCAUAUCUUCGACCAAACCAAGUGGACUGCUAAUUAACACCAUCAACCUCACUCCCAACAAAAUAUGUGCAGUUGGUGAGUCAACAAUGCCAGGCAUACUCACUCCUGCAACAUCACCACAUACUCCUCCUUUGACACCAGACAGCCAAACUACAACAAAGCUUAUUAUGUCUCUGCCGUCACAGCAAACUGUUACCCUACCAUUAACACCUGUGAGCCCAGCAACUACUCCUCCUCUUGGCCUUGAAAGUGUAGAGGGCUUGGAAAGUGUUGAGAACAUAGAAUGAAGUUUCUUAUGGGGCAAAGUACAAUCACUGAGCAGGGUAUUUCAAAUUUCUGAAUCUUGCUGCAAGACAAAACAAGAAAUAGUCAGUGCAUGUGCUUACCAAACGACUUGAAGUCAAUCCAAAGCUAUUAAUCAAGGAAUCGAGGAUAAGUACCUGACCAAUACUUACCAACUCGCGAUUUCUCUCUCAUUUUUCACCUCUUACUCUGUCUCAAUAAUCAGCUUAGUUAAAUAUCAAGGAAACAAAAAUUUCUUUGUGUGUGUGGUUUUGUGUCUGUGAAAGAGAGGGUGACAGUAGGUUUUGGAAACAAUUAAUUUAUUGUCCUUGUUGAUUUUUGUUUUUGUUCAUAUUUAUUUCUAGAGAAGGAAUGCUGUUACGAUCUGAUUGUUUGUAAAUAAUUUCUCAUUCACCCAAGUUGUUAAACUUAGGUGUCAAGAGCCUCUAAAUUACCAACCUCCGUUAUCAUUUUUUGGGGCUGACAUUAUGGCAGCUCGUAUAGAUCUUAUGUGCCUUUAAAAUAAAAGAAAAGAUAAAAAAUGACAAAAGAAAAAUUUUAUUGUAUUUUAUAUGAGCUAAGUCAGACCACUGCAUAGUCCUUUUUUUUUCUUUCCCAAUUAAUUUGAGCAACUUUCUUGUUUUGUUAAAUAUAAAGUUAUGAUUUGUGAUAUAAGUUUAUAGUAUUCAGUGUGUAUUGUGAGUAGUUCUAGUCAUUUUUUUUUUUACAACAACCAAAUGAGGAGAGACUUUUUCUCUCUGUAAUGUGUUUAUGUGUUCUCAAAUUCGUUCUUUUUUUUUAACCUGUUUUUUAAAACAAAGAAUUAUUAUUAUUAUAUUGCAUAAGAAAUCUCAACCUGUUACAAGUUUAUCUUGCUGGGCUUCAAUGUUGAGACAAUCUUAUUGCCGAGAUUGUGUUCGCAGAGUUAUUGUUAAGUUACUGUGUCUUUGAUUAUUUCUUACUAUCUUUUUGUUCUUUGUUUAAUCAGUUUGUGUCCUGUUAUAGGUAUUAUUUAUGUAAGUGUUGAUUGGUAGAGUUGAACAUAAUGUAUGUAUUGGUGUGACUGAGGCACAGCAGGCGCUUUUCUUUGGGCCAUUACGGCAUCUUACUUUCCAGCCUUCUUUCAAAACUACAGGAUAUGAAUUUCUAGCCCAUGGUAUGUCUUUGUAUUUAUGUGGUUUUAGUGUCCCUUAUUACUUGAAGGUGGGCCCAUAAUCUGGUUUCCAUCAUCAUCAUUAUCGCAUGAGUCAUUGUGCGGGCAUCUUUGUUCAUAUUAUUCUUUGCCUCUCUUCAAACAUCUCUUUAAGAGCACUUUUCUAGUCCAUUGUGAGACGUUAUGCUGCCCUUUUCCUUACUACAAUGGCUUGUAUUACUGUAUGUUUUAAACCAAAGGUAUUAUAUAUUUCAAGUCUAGGUUCAUGCAGAAAUGCAUCCUUGUAUCAUCACCAUAGUCAAUGUAAAUUCAUUAAAGUUAGAAUUAAUUCACCAGUCUUACAUGCAAGUGAUGAUAAGAUGUAGACUGAAACGAUAAGUUCUUUCAAGAACUCCAGUACCAUGUUGUAGCUAUUAUUCUGUUUAUGAAGGAAUUCAUUUGUUAAAAUUUAUGAUGCCGUUUCUCUGUGCACUUUUAGACUUUCAUUUUUUGCAUAGUAUUGUAUAUCUCAUGUACCCUGUAGAUUCAGCAAAGAGGUGCUGAGAAAAGUAACAUAGAAUGAGGCUCAUUUCUAGAUGAAUGCAUUACAGAAAUCUCACAAUUAACUCUAAUAUCCGUUAAGAAUACUCAGUUUUCAUUUCCUAUUCUCGCCUCUUUAGUAAGGCUCCUGUUGUCAAUAUGACAUUAUUUUUAGGCAUAAAAUUGCACAUUAACCAGAUCAUAAUGCAUGUUUGUGGUAGACACAAUUUAAUGAGUGCAUUUUUAAUUUCCAGUGCAUAUGCUCUAUAGAAUGUAAAUUAACUGAACUGGACAUAGUUUGUGUGCUUUCUAUUUGUAAACUGUGAUAGUGGUAAUGUGUGUAUUCACAUAUGUAUAGAAGAUUCAGGUAUUGUGAGUGGUUUUCUCUUCAGAAGCCUAUGAAGAUAGAGAAAUUAAGUAUGUUUGUUUGUUGUUAGUGCGUCAACUUCAUACUCUUGUCUUGAGAUGCCUUAAGCUAUAAGUUACACUCUUUCUUUUUUUUCCUUUUUUUCAUCUUUUAUGUGGGAUCUGGCUAUGACCUAUUGAAGAAGAACUGGAACAGGGGACUCAGUUUUCUCAUUUUCUUUCAGGUAACUUAAGGCAACUUGUUACAAAAGAGUGAAAAAAGAGAUUUUUUUUUAAAGGAGCAAUGUCAUUACCCACUUUGCCCUCGCAAAUUCCGACUACCAGCUAAUUUGUGAUAAAUAUAUGGCUGUUACCAAACAUCUGUUCGGAAUUCUAAUAAUGUAGUUUUAUCAAAGUACCCCUUUCUUGACUGAUUGUUUUCAAUUGAAUAAGAGUGAGUACCAUAAAUGGUACUUACAAGAAGCUUUCAUUUUCAAUUGUAAGGAGUUUUCAAUCCUCUUGCAAUUUAUUUGAAUAACUAAACAAUAUUAUUGGAGUUGAAUUCUAUUUGGUUAAAAACAUGUAUGUUUAUUUCGCUUCAGUUUGAAAACCUUUACUCUGCUACUCAUAUAAGCUAUUCUCCAUCCAUUUGUGGUUUAUCUCUAGUAUCUUAUCUAUGCAUAAGGAUUUGACAAUGCUGCAACUCACUAACUGUAUAGUCAAGAACAAUAUCUGAGUAUACUUUGCAGCUUUAGCACUUAUGCCAGUACAGUUUAAAGAUUUCCAAAAUAACUUUUGGACUAUGCUAAAUAGAGAAUGUUACAGCACUUCACAAACUUAGUAAAUGAAUACGAAUUGUAAAAUUUUCUUCAAGUGCUGUGCUGUUGACUGAUGUGAUGACUGAAAUAUUUGUGUUGAAUUCAAAAAGAAAAGCAUUAAUAUCAUAUGGAUGUUUACCUUUUUCUUUCAUUUGUGUUAGGAUACCUUUGCAAAUGGCUGUAUGUAUAAUCGUUACAUGGUUUGGUGUAUUCACGUCAGCUCUGUAUUGCCAAAACGGUGCCACAAAAUAAAAGGAGAUAAGUGAA